GACCCCAACCUUCGGGCGACGGAGGAGAGAGGGUGGAAAGGAAGGUAAAUGGGGGCGCGGCAGUCGAGUGCCCGCUCCCAGGACAAGGGCCCCAAGGGGAUGGUGCUGCUGGGCGGGAGGCAGAAAUUGUCGCCAUGGGACGACGCCCUGCUCUCAGGAAAGGACCCGCGGUCUCUGCUGCAGCGGGGCAUGCGCCACGUCAGCUUCAGCCUGGUCACCAAGGGAAUGACGGACGUCCCCGACUUUCUGUGGGGCUUGUCUGAGGUCCAGAAACUCAACCUGUCUCACAACCAGCUCAGGCUUCUCCCGCCCGACGUGGGGAAGCUGACUCGGCUCGUGGUCCUGAACUUGUGCGGGAACCGCCUCAAGAGUCUGCCCCGAGAAAUCAGCCUCCUCAAGAGCCUGAAGGUGCUGUUUGUCAACAUGAACUGCCUGACCGAGGUGCCGGCCGAGCUGAGCGCCUGCCAAAGCCUGGAAGUCCUGAGCUUGUCGCACAACCGCCUGUCGCAGCUGCCCGCCAGCCUCGCCGGCCUCCCCAGGCUGCGGAAGCUGAACCUCAGCAACAACGCCUUUGCUCACAUCCCCAUCUGUGUGUUUGCGCUGAAGGAGCUGGAUUUCUUGCACGUGGGCUCCAAUCGCCUGGAAAACAUCGCUGAAAGCAUCCAGUGCCUGGUCAGCCUGCAGAUCUUCAUCGCAGAGAGAAACAACAUCCACUCCUUCCCGCGGUCGCUCUGCCUACUCACAAGCCUGGAGCUGCUGAACUUGAACAACAAUGACAUCCAGACCCUCCCAGAUGAACUCUACCUGCUGUGCAGACUGGCCAGGAUUGCUUGGAACCCCAUGGACAAAGGGCUCCACAUUUCCCAUAACCCUCUCUCCAAGCCUUUGCCGGAGCUGGUGGAGGGGGGCCUGGAGAUGCUCUUCAGCUACCUGAAGGAUAAAAAACACACCUGACGUGGGCCCCGGAGGCACGGACAGUAGCCAGCACAUCGGGACUCUGUCACCCGGGUACUUCUCUAGUCUGAACUUGCUCUUCUUACUGUCUGCGUAGGUCAAUGCUUGUGUUACCAUUUGCUAAAUCGUAUCGCACACCUGUUGUAGGGAGGUGUUUGCUUCCCAAAUAGGGAAGGUUCCUAAUAACCCCCAAAAUAUUAUGUUCA